AAAAAUUUUAAAAAAAAUUAAAUUGUUUCUUAUUGAGCGUUAUUGAUAGAUAGUGUACAGAGAAUGCCAGCCAAAAUGCGACCAGGAUCUUCUUUCCCUCAACCCUACCUGAAAAUCUUGGAACAACCUUUGGAAAGAGGCUUUAGAUUUCGUUACAAAAGCGAGGCUGGAGCUCAUGGAGGCUUACCGGCUGAAACCAGUCAAAGGAAUAACAAAAAAUAUCCCACUAUUAAAAUUGAAAAUUAUCUUGGGCCCGCUAGAGUAGAAGUUACUUUGAUGACAAAUGAACCCGAGCCCAGGCUACAUGUUCAUAAAUUAGUAGGGAAAAAUUGUGAUGAUGGAAGUUGUCAGGUCAGAAUUCUACCAGAGAAUGAAAUGACAAUUUGUUUUCAAAAUUUGGGGAUACUUCACGUUCCCAAGAAAGAAGUGCCGCAAAUCAUGCAAGAGAGACUUGAAGAAGAAUAUAGGAUGCAAAAGAUAAUGAGUCAAGACAGGCAUAGCGCUAAUUACGAUCUAUCAGAAGCAGAAAGACAAAUGAUACGUGUAAAUGCGGAGGAAAAUGCCAAGACCAUGGAAUUAAACGUGAUUCGUUUAUGCUUUCAGUCAUAUAUAAUUGAUUCCUCAGGCCACGAAAUUCCUAUUCCACCCGUGUUAUCCAAACCUGUAUACGAUAGCAAAUCUCCCAAUACAGCGGCGCUCAAAAUAUGUCGCAUGGACAAACAGGCCGGUUAUUGUGUUGGAAACGAAGAAAUAUUUCUCCUCUGUGAAAGAGUUCAAAAAGAUGAUAUAUCUAUCAGAUUUUUUGAACUGGAUGAAAAAGGCAAGGAAAUUUGGCACGAUUAUGGAAAAUUUAGCAUACACGAUGUUCACAAACAGUAUGCUAUCGUGUUUAGAACCCCGCCUUUUCGAACCCAAAAUCUGUCCAAACCUGCUCGAGUUUUUAUACAACUUCAAAAGAAAAAGGAUGGAUUAACGAGUGAACCAAAACCUUUUACAUUUAGACCCGUUCCUUUGUACGAUGAACACGUGGGGAAAAAAAGGCAAAAAUUUUUGCUUUCAAUGACAGACCUCGAAAUUUUAAACGACGCUCUGUGCAUGAUUGAGAAUUUUUCCGGGAACGACCCAAAUUUUAACACCGAAGCUGACAAGCCAUCAAAUAACAAAGAUAAAGAUAAUAGUUUAUCCUUUAAGCCUAAAAAUAAUGCACAAGAAGAUGAAAUUAUCAUUUCUGAUGGCGGACAAACGAAACCAAUUAUUUAUCAAGGUGAGAAAUAUUGUAAAAAUGAUCAACUCCCCAUAGAUUCUCAUUUAAACAGACAAACAUCUAAUCAACCUAUCACCCAAAUCACUUCCGUUGACAAAAUGAUUGAUAUAGCCCAAACACCUACCAUUAACACGGAAAAGUCUAACAAUAUUAAUAUUAAUUACCAUCAUUAUCAACAACAGUAUUUUUAUCACCCCACAUUUUUUCAACCUCAUAAUUAUCCUCCUCAUCCUCUUGCGGACAUUAAUAAUGCAGAUGAUUUAACGCAGCUGCAUCAUACGUCGCAAAUUCAUUCGUCAGGUCGAUAUUUUAUGGACGAAUGUACCAGCGGUAAUGAAUCAAAUGAGAAUGGGGUAAGAGUUCCCGAAAUUAGCAACAAUGCUAAGUCGUCACUAAGUGAAAACAAUGUGUAUUUUCAAAAUAUUAAUGGCAAAGAUUUCAGUGUUAGUCGAGGGGACAUGUAUUCUAAAUGUAAUAGAAAAGAACAUACUAAUAUUUCAAAUCCAUUAACUAACACGGUCACUAAUUAUCCAGCCAAAUUCAAUUCCGAAAAAAUUAUACCCAUUUCCAGGAGUGUAAAAAGAAAUUUAGAUAUGGAUACAGACAAGCGUCAAUUUGCAACCUCUAGUGAUAUGAGUAGUAUCGAUUCAAAAUCUCUAGAAGAAGACCAGUAUAUAAAUAAUUACAAUAACCAAUCCAUGAGUGAAAAUAAUAGAAGCAGCGUUUGUUGCAACAGUUAUACAAGCGAAAUCCACAGUCCUCUCUCAGGGAAAUCCUCUUCAACACAUAACAGCCAUCAAAGCACAAACUACCAUACUCACAACGUCCAAAACAGAAACUCCUCUAACAUAGAUGACAGCAUUUCAUCUAAUUUUAGUAAGAAAUCUCCAGAAUCCAAAGAAACGCAUUAUUACAAUAAAAUAAACCAAUAUAAUAAUAAAAAUAAUCACUCUCCUAUUUACACUGAAUGGAACCACUUGUCUGAUAAUGAUGCCAUCGAUAAAGAUUCUUUACAAAAAAGAUUACCUAGUCAGAAUCUAGAAAUCUUUCACAAUACAAAUUUUGAAUUAUUUGCAUCAGGGUUCCCAAAUGUUCCAUAUUCAACUGAUAUCACUGUAAGAAAUAUUAGCGGACACAACACAAGUGAGCAACAAGCUACUAAAUACGAUAACGAUUAUAUACCAGAAUCUAAUGGACAGUCGGAUUUCGUUCCUCUGCUAAGAGCUAGAUGUUUAGAACCUAUUUUGCCAUCUAACAGUGCAACUAAUCCUCAACAAAUUGACGAUCAUUCGAUUAUGCUUACUAACAUGAGUAAUCUCAAUUUAAUCGACAGUAGAAAUGAGUUGACUCCGCCAAUCAGUUCUAUGUCUAGAGAAGGUGAUAUUUCAGAAUAUGCUUCUUCUGUGGAUUCUGGAAUUGAAGAUAAUGUUCAUACAUUAAUUACCAAUAGCAGGAGUGAAAACGAUGAAAGCAACAUUAUACAAUUUGCCUCACCAAUUCUUAAGGCAAAAAUAAGCCUUAAGGGGAAUGAAAUACUAAUGGGACUUGUAGAUUAUGCAACCUUUGGAGAUUUAGCACCAUUUUUAUCGCUAUUUUCGCAUUACAUAGCUUUGCCCGAUGUGGAUGGGAACACACCCUUACAUCAUGCUAUAAUGAACGGGAAUGAAAAUGUGGCCCUGACAUUACUAAAUUCUCUUAAUAAAACGCCAUCCUUAGCCGUCAAUUUAGUCACUUUUUACAAUAAUAUUCAAAAGACACCACUUCACUUAGCCUCUCAACUGGAUAUGCCAAAAGUGGUAAACGUUUUAACAAGCUUAAACUCAGACCUUACUUUAUUAGACGGUCAAGGUAAUAAUCCCCUGCAUCUUUGCGUUGCUCACAAUUCUAUAAACAGUUUGCAAAUGCUCAUCUCUAACCCAAUUUUAAAAGACCAAUUGGAGAAAAUCGUUAAUGACCUCAAUUAUGCCGGUGAAUCUCCAAUUCAUUUGGCUUCUACAAAUUUAAAUACAAUGUAUUUGGAGUUGCUUUGCAACAUAAAUAACAUACAAGUCAAUAAAAUGAACGGAAAAUCAGGUAAAACGCCUUUACAUUUAGCUGUUGAGAGGAGGUGUACUCAGAACAUUGACUAUCUCGUUAAACAAGAAAAUAUUAAUGUAAACUGUAAAUCCUUCAACGAUCAUACUCCACUAGACUUGUCUUAUACAUUAAAUUCUUCCGAUUCAAUCAUUCAAACUCUUGUGAAAAAUGGUGCAAUUACAAUAAAUCGAAGUAUCCAUGAGGAUAACGAAAUAGAUGAAAGUGAAGAUGAAAUAGAUGAAUAA